AUGCGACAGGCUCAGGUCGACAAAUUCAUGAAAACCUCGGCGGAGGCUGCCAAUGAUAAUGCCAGGUCUUACAAAGCUGAGCAAGUACGAGGACACGCCAUUCUGCAGCGGCGGCGGCGGCUUCUUGAACUUCAGACUCCUCCAGAAAGUGAUGCCGAUGGAAAACCACCGAGCUACUUUAACAGCCUCUCCGAAGAUCAAAGCAGAAAGCUACAGGCCGAAAUUCUCCACCUAACUGAGCUUUACUGGGACUCGAAUGGAAUUAUUACCUCGAAGAUAGAGCGAUGGGAUCUGUCUAACCCGUUUCUGGCCACGUUGAAACGUGCGAGAGUCUGGACGGACAAACACGGUCGACCUUGGAUGUGGUCGGUGGGCCGCAAUGACUGUGCUGAUAAUGGAGGAUGCUGUGGGCGUGAUUGUGGAUGUUGUGAGAAAGCGCUCUUCUCAUACAUCCGGACUUCGGAGAACGAUAUGGAAGAGAGGAAGGAGGUCGGGGUCUACGGUCAUUGCACUGAAGAAUGUCCCUGCUGUAUACGGGUACACGGUCGUUACCACCCUCAUCCGCGACUUCCUCAGUCCGAGUUUUAG